AUGGCGACUGACAAAAGAUGGUCUCUCGCCGGAAAAACAUCUCUGGUAACCGGCGGUACUCGUGGAAUCGGGCGAGCUGUAGUGGAGGAACUAGCAAGAUUCGGUGCAAGUGUUCAUACUUGUUCAAGGAACCAGGAAGAGCUAAAAGCAUGCUUGGAUGAUUGGAAAUCACAUGGCUUAGUGGUAUCUGGUUCGGUUUGUGAUGCUUCCGUUAAGGAUCAGAGGGAGAAGUUAAUUCAAGAAGUGUCGUCUGUAUUUAGCGGCAAGCUCAACAUCCUUAUAAACAACGUUGGAACUAAUAUCAGGAAACCAACAGUCGAGUACUCGAGUGAGGAAUACGCAAAAAUCAUGUCGACCAAUUUAGAAUCUGCUUUCCAUUUAUCCCAAAUUGCACAUCCUCUUCUAAAAGCAUCUGGGGUCGGAAGCGUUGUGUUCAUCUCCUCAGUAGCUGGUCUGUUGCAUCUUCGUAGUGGAUCUAUCUAUGGUGCAACUAAAGGAGCACUUAAUCAGCUUACAAGGAAUCUAGCUUGCGAGUGGGCAGGCGACAACAUCAGGACCAAUUGCGUGGCGCCGUGGUACAUCAAGACCUCACUUGUUGAACCGUUACUUGAGAAGAAAGAUUUUGUGGAGGCGGUAGUUUCACGGACCCCACUUGGGCGCGUUGGAGAACCAGAGGAAGUUGCGUCGCUGGUUGCUUUCCUCUGCCUUCCCGCAGCCUCUUACAUUACCGGACAGGUAAUUUCUGUUGAUGGAGGACUCACCGUCAACGGUUUCGACCACGUUAUGUAG